AGGAACGUGAAGCGCAACGGGAGCAGGAGCUGUUUGAACAGGAGCCGGUUUGGUUCCCGUGAGAGGGACUGGCUGAAAGAGGACGUCGGACGAGGCUGUGUCUACGUUUAUGGAAGAGAUUCUGCAGCUGCUGCUUCAUCAGACUUGCGCUUGGUCCUCUGCACGGUGGACACCCCAGCGUCCGAGAUAUGUGAUGGAGAGGGGAGGAAAAACCUCUUUUUGCAGCUUCACGGAGACCUGGUCAGGAGGGUGGAGCCCACGGAAAAACCCCUUCAGAUUGUGUAUGACUACCUGGCUGGGCUGGGUUUUGAUGAUCCUGUCAGAAUGCAGGAAGAGGCAGCAAACUCUGAUCUCAGCUGUAUGAUUCGCUUUUACAGUGAAAAGCCAUGUCAGGUGGAACAGUUGGAUCGCAUCCUGCUCUCUGGAGUCUACAGUGUGCGCAAAGGGAAGACCCAGUUGCACAAGUGGGCAGAGCGCUUGGUAAUGCUCUGCGGUACGUGCCUCAUCGUGUCCUCUGUGAAAGACAGCCACACGGGGAAGAUGCACAUCUUGCCUCUCGUUGGAGGGAAGGUGGAAGAGAUGAAACGUCGGCAGUACACGCUUGCUUUCACAUCUGCUGGAGCACAAGCUCAAACAUACCAUGUUUCCUUUGAAACCCUGGCAGAGUGCCAGCGGUGGCACCGACAGGCGUCCACGGUGAGGCCUUGGGGACUGCGGCAGUGGGUGGUGGGUACAGGG